AAUUCAACUCCCGUCCUCAGCUCCUAUUUCAUUUUCUCAGCAUCUUAGUUCUCCCUCAGCCACAGCAUCAGCCCUUUCAACUCUUCAGCGUCCCCCAAGAAAGAUCUGCAGGCACAGCCGCCGCCUCUUCCUUCCCUCUCUGCUGUCGGCAGCCAACAUUCCUGGGGCUGAGGGGAAAGAACUUACCAAAUUGGCAAACAUCGGAUUUCGCAAACUUUCCUGAAAAGGGAAGGACCUCUGUCUCUGUGUCUGUCUCUCUGUGGAUGCCAUGGGGAGGCAUUCCUGCUGCUACAAGCAGAAGCUCAGGAAAGGCCUCUGGUCCCCCGAGGAGGACGAGAAGCUCCUCCGCCACAUCACAUUGUACGGUCACGGCUGCUGGAGCUCCGUCCCCAAGCAAGCCGGUCUGCAGAGGUGCGGGAAGAGCUGCAGGUUGAGGUGGAUUAACUACCUGAGGCCCGAUUUGAAGAGGGGCGCUUUCUCACAGGAGGAGGAGAACCUCAUUAUCGAGCUCCAUGCAGUUCUCGGAAACAGGUGGUCGCAGAUUGCGGCGCAGCUUCCUGGGAGGACGGACAACGAGAUUAAGAACCUGUGGAACUCAUGCCUCAAGAAGAAGCUCAGGCAGAGGGGAAUCGACCCCGUCACCCACCGGCCCCUGUCCGAGGCCGAAUAUGGCGACGAAGAGGCUGACAAGUCCGCCAAGAGCAGCCAGGAUGCCCAGGACAUGCCAGGUGCUGCCUCAGGAUCGAGCUCGACCAAUGAGCUCAAUCUCCUCAGCACGCCUAACUCCAGACAAGCGACAAGCAUCCUCGAAAUAGAGAACUGCUCGGGAUUGAAGACUCCGAGCAGUUUCAACAGGGACCACCUGUUCAUGGUGCAGGACGGAUACAUGCCGGAAAGUUCCGACUUCGCGGGGAAUUAUCCGGCGGUUUCCACCCAAUUCAGUUCCGAUUGGGUUCACACCUUCGUGACACAUCCUGAUCAGUUCUCCACCACUUCAAGCAAGGCAGCAUCGUCUUCCAUGAUUCAGCCGUUAUCGACCAGCAUGCUCUUCCCGAUCACUGUCCCUCCCUCCAUGAAUCCUCAGCUCAAGCCGCUGAUACCGUUCAGUGAGAACUGGGACACAGGCAACAAUGGAAAUCUGAGUGUCUUCGACAACAAUGUAUUCGGUUCAUGGGGAUUGCCGGCUCAACAAGCCCAAGUCCAGUCGCUCGAAGGCCAACCCGAAUAUCUCCAAGUCCAGAAUCAGCUUCUAAACAUGGCUGUGACUCUGCAGAACCAGACCCAACAUCAAUCCAAUUUCUACAGUCAGAUGAAACCAGACAUCAACUUCAUUCCUAGUACUUCUGGUGCUAUGUGGAUUCAAGAAGAACAGCCAGGAGGAGCACCUGCAGAAGAAGAAGCUGUACCAGAUUCUGACAAUACUUCCUGUGUUAAGGAUGUUCAGAGACUAACUGCGCUGUUUGGACAUAUGUAGCAAAAAAAAAAAAAUUCCAUACUUUUCGCAGGAGAAGAAGGGGGGAAAAAACUGAUUUCCAACGGCCCCAUUUGCUGAACGAGCCACGCCCGUCCAAUGGUCCUGGGAUCUCCUGGACAGUUUGGCCUGUGAUUGUAGGCCGCCAUUACCGUGAUCGUAAAUUAUUGAGAAAGAGAAUUGAUAUUUACUGUUGGGUUUUGUGGUUGCUGGCAGACAUCUGCAAUGCUGUGAAUAUGUUUUUCUUUUGGUUGUGUUUUUUUAAGGUAAUUCGAUUCCUGGAUUGUUGCAUAUAACAGGGUAGGGUAUUUCUUUGCCAAGUUUAAGGAUGAUAUGUAUAUAUAUGGAUGAUGUUAUGGCUGUCUAUCACUUUCUUCAGGAGAUAACAGAUCUACAUCACUUUCUUGCA